ACCGCCUCGGGCAUUGAUACUGGCAAAGCGCUGGCCACGAAUGCUUGCUGUCGCGUUGGUCUCUCUUUAUUCCUCCCUUCCCAAUCCCUAUUCUUCCUAUUCUAUAUAUACUUGCUCUCCUCUCCAUUCACCAGCAUGAAACCCGCCUGACGCGUGAGCUUGCGGACCUAAACCAUGACCAUUAACACGUUUACCGCCGGUGCUGCCGUCACUCCCACUGUCAUAAAGACAUGCAUAUCUCAUUAUGCCAACCGGAAGCCCCGCCGCCAGAAACCAACCGCCCACAUCUCCUACGAUGAAGGUCUCCAUCUAAUGCGAACCUUUCUCCACUAUGCCUCACACCAUACAGUUGAAGAUUUACAGUCUUUUACCGCACAAUGGGUCCCUAGUCCGUCCUGGGUAAGGACCGAGAAUGUCACAAUCACAGCGGACCAUGUCUCGAAGGCUGCGAAAACAAUCGCGGAACAACUGGGACCCGCGGGAAUUGAACAAGUCGGCGGGACGCAGUGGUGGCAAUGGAGACCCAAGGGAGCUGAUCUGAAAGCAGAAUGGGUCGAGAUGCGCGCACACUACAACGAACACAAAAGAGAAGGAACGAAAAGCAGGAGGAUCAUGCUCUACAUCCAUGGAGGAGCGUACUUCUUCGGCAGCGUCGAUGUCCACCGGUAUCAGCUUCAGAGACAUGCUCGAAAACUCAGGGCCCGCGUGUUCGCUCCGAGAUACAGGCUAGCCCCUCAAUUCCCCUUUCCGUGCGGGCUACAGGACUGCCUUGCGGCGUAUUUCUAUCUGCUUAGCAUACAUGACCCUUCCGAGAUCGUCCUGGCGGGUGACUCGGCCGGUGGUGGCAUGGUGGUCUCGAUACUCUGCAUUUUACGUGAUCAAGAGCUUCCCUUACCCGCGGGCGCAGUCCUAAUCUCCCCAUGGGUCGACCUCACACAUUCUUUCCCAAGCCUGAGUGGCAGUGCAGAGUUUGACUAUAUUCCAUCCUAUGGCUUCAUGCAGAAACCUUCGACCUCGUGGCCCCCUCCCAACGAUGAAGAGAUAGCGGCCAUCAGCAGAUUGGCGAAAGGCAAAGAUCUAUCUCUCAAGGAGGACGGGGAAGCCGAUGCAAGCAUGUCAGUGCCUGUCAAAGACGACGGUGAUAUUGAGCCUGGACCUCAAUUGCCUCUGUCAAUGGAGCUGGAUGGAAAGCGAGUCGUCUUAAGAGACCAGAUCCAGAUGUACACGACCAACCAGCUAUUGGCCCACCCACUAGUGUCACCCGUUCUGCAACCCUCUCUUGGAGGACUUCCUCCCGUCUUGAUUCUUACCGGCGGAGGGGAAAUUCUGCGCGAUGAACAAAUCUACCUUGCUCACAAGAUGGCCGAUCCCUCUAAAUUCCCCCUAGGUUCUAUUUACAAUUCAAGAUAUGAUCCAGAUGGUACCAUUGUUGCGAAGUACAAACCCACACCGGUCCAGUUACAGGUAUGGGAAGAUUUGUGUCACGUUGCUCCGACUCUGUCUUUUACCCGUCCGGCCAAGUUCAUGUAUCGUUCAGUUGCACAGUUUGGGGCCUGGGUACUGGCCAAGGCUCAGAAACGAGCGAUCGAGAUCAUGGAUGACGACGAUAUCUCGAUCAUUUCCUCGCAGUCAGAUGAUAAUUCGCCAGCAGACACCGACGUCGAGUCGUCAAAUAACAGUGCAGCGAAGACGAACUUGGAUCCGAACAAAAUAAUAGGAAGUGUUGGUCGAGCAGGAGACCCAAUACCGCCCUUCGAGAACAACAUGAUUCGUCAACGGGUUGACCGACAUGGGAGAAUCUAUCCUCUCGCUGAACCAGGAGAACUGCCUGCGUUACAAAUGCCUCCAGACCAGGUAGGAGUGGUCAAACCUGGUCCCGUGAGGAAUUGGCUCGCGGCCAAAAAGAUCUGGGACACAAAAUAUGCCAGAGCGCGGAGCAGAGUGCAGAAGGAAAGAGUCAGAGCUCUAUCCAGUGGAAAAAUAAAGGGCUUUGGAGCAGGUGAGCACCCUCCACCGUGUGCUCUCGCAAGCCGGCGGACGGACAAAGAUCUUUGGGCCAAAAAGAAGAGGAAGAGCUACGGGCUCGCGAUGUGGAGUAUGUGGGGAAGCAAACAUGACGAGUCAGCGCUGAAGAGGGAAGAGGAGGCAGUUGAGAUGGAGAAAUCGGAAGAUAAGCGCCUGGGACGAGAACGCGAAGAGGGCGCCACGCCCGCUGCCGUCGAAGGUGAGCAGGCUGCGAUUCGUUCGCGACGAAGCUUCAGUGGGAGGCGAAGCAUGAGCGCAAAACGCAGGGCAAGCGCAUCGAAAACUCGAGGCAGGAAACGCACCAUCUCGGUCACGGACAGAGGCCAAGCUGAAGGCCGCAAUGUACCCCCGGUCGUGAUUCCCUCAGACCUUACAAGUACCACCGAGUUAGCAGAUACAGCAGGGAAUCAACAAUCGGCUCAGGACCGGCAUACAGCUUCACCUGAGUCGUCCCUGCUCUCGGCGGGCUUCAUUCCGAAAUUCAAAACAGCGGCGCACCUUCGUGAUGACAGUGGUGGACAACACGGGCCUGUACUCUCCGACGCCGCCAGCACGAUGACUGGGCGUAGCGGGAUGGUGGCUGACGAUGCUAGCACUCGUGCGGUGUUCGCCGCACCAGGUAUUUCAAAGAGCGUCGACUCACAAGAGGUGGAGAAGGCGAAGUCAACAAGUCCAGCCACCAAUACAAGGCCGGGAAGCCCCUUAGCCAAUGAGGCGAGGAGUUUUGUAUCUGGGAGCGAAGAUUUCAACGAAGGCGUGGCCAGUAUAAAUCUCGACGCCGAGCCGGGUACGAAUAUUUCGGGAAGAGCUCAUCCUGGGGCGUUUGGGAAUGAUACACCCCGAAGCCAGCGCAGCCUAGAGCGGCUACAAAGCCACCAACGCGACGAGGGGAUGGACCGGCUGGCACCGCUCAGAAGUCCAAGUUCCACCGCCAUUGUCAAGGCAGAGGGCGUGGUUGGCGUGGUUGAUACAGCGGAGCCUGCUGAAAAAGAAAGGGUCGAAGAUUAUGAGAGAAAAGAAGAACAGAUAGAAAAAGAGAAGGAUAUAAACGGAGUGGUCAAUGAGGAGGGCGCGAACAAGCAGAUAUAUUCCGAGGAACAACAACUGGACGGUGAUACAACUGAGCGGCCCAAGAUGUACGACCGGGCGGAAUCGAAGUUCCAAACUGCGCAGGAGACUCCCUCUUGAAGCCUCUGCAGAGAUUGACAAUGUCAUCUUGCAUUAUUUUUGGCCUGCGAUCUUCAUCGUUGCUUGUCAUGCCCAGACAGAUACUCUUUGUGUGUGAGGGUCUUUUUGCCUUUGGAGAUCAAGGCGCGCCCUCGUUACUGUAUCUGAAACAUGUCAAAUUAAAUAUGAAGGGCAAAAAGAAGGAGACGGGAGACUGAAUACCUCAAUUGUGUUCUUAAGGGACAUCUACGACGAGAAUAAACCUGCCAUUUGGCUACCUCUUACACAUUUGUUUCUGAGGGUCUUCAGUGAGCCUUGGUGUCCUAGCAAGCUCCCAUAACCAUGCUGCUACCCAGUACCAGCAACCCACGGAAACAACCGCUUCGAAGUGCUCUGAACCGUUUGCACCAGAUAGCUACAUGAUGGCUAAAGCGUUGGGAGGAGACGCCACUCCCCCAGGCACAUACAG